AUGCAAACCCCUGAAUAAAUCAAAGUGGAAUCGAAAACUUGGAAAACCAUCUAUCCUCCAUAUAUUGACUCAACAUUAACUGCUGCACAAGGCAGAAGAUUAGGAAAAAUCAAUUGUGUUCCUUAUCCCUAAUUGAUGGAGAUAUCUUAAUGUCUAAGUUCACUUGGACUGAGACAUGUGAUUGAUUAACAUGCAGGAUUUCCUCGGGAUAUCUUCAAGUAAGGUAGAAUCAAGGUACGUCUUUAUGCUGAAGAUAAAAAGCCAUAUAAUCCAUAAGUUAAAUGCAAGCAUACUCUAUUGUAAUCCAUUGCAAAACUGAUUAAAUCCAUUCCAAACAGAAAGGUUGAAGUUCCUCCUUAUAUUAAUUAAAUGGAAAUUGAAAAGCAGAACAAGCCUGCUCAAAAAAAGUAAACAUCCAAUAAAAAAAAGCAUAAAAAUGGAUGA